GGCGCCCUCAUUCGUUUGCUUGCGCUUCCGCAAGAUGGAGUCCAGUUUGAGGAAAUCUGCCCGGCCUUUUAAGGGAUGGAGUGCUAAGUCAUUGAGGAGGCACCAUGAUGAAGCCAGCAAGCUCCUGUCAACAGUCAAGGAGUGCAUGGACUAUGAAGAUUCACAGCAAGUCAGGGAGAUCAUGUGCGAUGAGGCGUACAAGGGUUUGGUGGAGUACAUCGCGUGGGACCUGCUGCCAAUCCUUGGUCCUCACCUCUCAGACAAAGAGACAAAUGAAGAGAUGUACCAGAACUGCGUCCAGAUUAUCAUCCGACUUGCCGAGCUUGGUAAUCCUAAGGAGAUGUUUAUCGGUCUUCUGGAGCAACUGGAUCGAUUCCUUGACAGCUUGGUCCACAAUGAUCUCUUAGGACCACUUCAAACAGUUAUCCGUCGUCUGGGCCUCGCCAAACCACUGUACUACAAUCAGCUCUUAACCACCUUAUAUGCUCACAUGGAACUACUGAAGGUACCCAGCGUCAAUGGCAUGGGUGCUAUGGAGCGUCGACUGAUCAGCCAGGAUCCAGACUACUCCAAGGUGGAAACCACCUCCUUGGUCUUGCUGGAGUUCUUGGUGCCGCUGGUACAAGAUGUGGAAGAGGCGCUGGUGACAAACGUGCCUUCGCAAAACCCGUCCCCUAAGAAUAUUAAGGACAUCGAAGCCACAAGAACAGAGAUUAUGAAAUUCGUGUUGAAUAUUCUUGAACAUCCCCUGAUUGCCAUUGAGUUCAAGUAUCAGGACGAUGCUGAUGAGGAGGAAGAGAUGAAGGAACUAGGAAUCAAUGCCGAGGCCAGACAACAAGUAGUCCCUAGGCAAGAGGAGUACUCGCUCAGUAAGAAGUCUGCAGAGCAGUGCAUGCUCUAUUUGGAAUUGAUGGGAUGCAGUUUCAGCUACUUGUUACUCUACGCCAGCCAGCGCUCAGCAAAUCCGGACGCGAUCAAGGAACAGCUCAAGAAGAAAAAGAAAAAGAAAAAGAAACAUGAAGAUGACGGAAAGAAGGAAGAGACGCUACCCGUUCUGGGGCUGAGCUGCUUCGCUUACAUGCUCCUAGUGGAGGGUUAUCAGACCAACCGCAUGCCGUCUAUAUUCAGUACUGUCUACAUGAUGGAGGUGGUCAUGCCCUACGUUGAAGCCAUGCUGAGACGACCUGAAGAGCCUAUCAUCUUGAAGGGCUUGGAGCUUCUGAGAUCAGUGGUGGACAGACUGGAUGAGCAAUCCCUGAAUUCAAACCUGCUGGACACCAAACAGAACUUCCUGCAGGUUACAGAGUGCAUGGUGCAGAUCAUGGUCUACUGCCCGUCCAAGACAAUACGAAGGAUUGCUGUCUCAGUCUUGUCGCCGUACAUGGAUCGGUUUGAUUGGAAGGGACGUUACCACAUUCUCCGCUCUCUCUUCAUCUCAACCACUCACCCUGGUGCCAAGGGAAUGCUCAUUGGCAAGCUCAAGGACUACGUCCACUCAACACUGCAGAGUGACAGCCAUAACGAUUGGUUCGUUGGUGUUCGUUCACACAAGCUUUGGGUUAUGAUCUUCAAGCUUGAUAAAGGCGAAAGAACAGAUUUACUGAACAGUGCUGACAAAGAAAUUGCCGUCCUGAAUUUCCUACGUUACUUGCUCCUGCGAGACUCCGGAGGCCAGGAUCUGACCGGUAUCUGGCCGUGGCUCGGCAUACUCCAACAGGUGUACCUUAAUCCUCUACAGUCCUGUCUCAGUGGCUCCAGGACUCAUUACACACUCAAGGUUGAAUCCACAUGGAAAGAAAUACGGAGGGCUGAGAUGAAGAAAGAAAAUCUGACGGGGAUACUGACAGUUGGAGGGCAACAGUUUCCCAUGAUGCCAUUGCCGGAGCAAGUCAAGGUGUUGGAAACUGCCGUUUAUACCUUCGACCUCAUCGGUAGCAUUGUGAGCCGGGUCAACGAGAUCAUUAAAACCUACAAGCACUUGCUACCAGUAGAGGGCGAUACAUCACCAAGAUCAUUGUUGGCUGAUGUGCAUGGUGCUGGUGAUGUUGACAUGGAUAUCUAAAGGAUGAAGACUAAACUUACAAGAACAUUUUGAUUCAGAGAAACAUGAGUUUUGAUCAAGGGUUAUUGCCACCAAGAAAAAUGAAUUAAAACUUGUAAGUAUAAAUGACUUUUAACGAGUCAACGUAUUGUUAAUACAAGAAUUAAAUUGAAAUAUUAGUUUGACAAAUGUGAUAUGAGUAAAAAAAAAUUUUAAUUUACGUUCUGGCCAACAUCAAGACAAGUUUGUUGACAUUGGUAUUUUGUUUUGAGAAAAACUUUCUGAAAUGCUUAAGAACCGCUAGUCUGAAAUAUUACAUGCACUUCUCGUUUUAAAGCAUACUUCAAAUAAUAUGCAUGUAUAUGUACAGUGUACUCCCAAUCAGGAUGUCCAAAUCGUGUUUUAACAUGCAUUAAAAUCAUGUAUGUGUAGUCAGUGGUUUGUUCUCAAUGAAGAUGUAUGCGUUAUUUAAAUACAUUGUACAAUUCUAAAAAAUCUGUAUAGAUUCUGUGGCAUGCUAUACAUGUACACUACACAGAUUGAAACAUUGGUAAAAAAUGGGUUUUGCAAAAAUCAACAAGUGGUAAAAGGAUCAAAGUAAUAGUCAAUAAUCGAUGCUCACUAUUUUAUAAUAGAAUUUAAAACAAUGUAAUCAUGAUUUUGGCUGUUGCAUUUGUUAUUUUAAGAGCAUUAAUAUCCGUUUUGUGCCUUAGAUAAUGUCAUCCAAUAUGGCUCAGUGGCUGUGUAUUAGUAGUCUAUAUUUUUGGUUUAAAAUCUAAUUUUUCGAAGCAAAGACAGCUUUAGUAAACAGUAAAGUAAACAAAUUUGAUUGUAAAUGCCAUUAACAUAAGCGUUAACAAUCUCAUCCUAAAAAGAAAAGAUACAACAAUUAAAGGUUUGGAGGAAUUGCCAACCAAGACAUUUUUGAAGACAUGAUUUAGUAUAUUUCUGUUCUGCACAAGCACACUUUACAAGAUGUCCUUUUACCCUACAGCUCACUACAUGUAUGUAUUCCACAAUUCUUAUAAACCACAUACAACUCUUUUUAGAUUUAAAAAGAAAAUACUGCAUGCAAUAAAUAUAUAGGCAUGAAAUCGA